AUGAUAUACCAAUGUCCUAUUUCACGACUAUUUCGGGGUCUCGCUCUUAACUUACCCCGAAGCCGUGUCAGACUUGGUCAAAGAAUCUCAAUUCAAAGGACCCUCAGAUCUGAUCCCCAAUUCCAUAAUGCGUCUAGAGCGCAUAUGUCAGGGUUGUGCUUGGAAGCAGCCCAAUCUUCCUCAAAUAACACAACUGUGACUCCACAGAAUUUGACUGAAAAAAUCGUUCAGAGACAUUCUGUAGGAUUAGAUGAAGGAAAGAUUCUCAGGUCUGGAGACUAUGUCACAAUCUCACCUCAUCACUGCAUGACACACGAUAACUCAUGGCCAGUUGCGCUUAAAUUUCUAUCCAUUGGGGCGACGAAGAUUUAUGACCCGAAUCAAAUUGUUAUGACUCUAGAUCAUGAUGUACAGAACAAAAGUGAGGUCAAUCUUCUGAAGUACAAGCAGAUAGAGGAAUUCGCGAAAAGCCAGAAAGUUGAUUUCUACCCUGCUGGUCGGGGAAUUGGGCACCAGAUUAUGAUAGAAGAAGGAUACGCUUGGCCUGGCACAAUGACUGUCGCCAGUGAUAGCCAUAGUAAUAUGUACGGAGGCGUAGGGUGCUUGGGGACAGCAAUAGUGAGGACAGAUGCAGCAAGCAUAUGGGCGACAGGACAGACAUGGUGGCAGAUUCCGCCAGUUGCCAAGAUAACUUUUACUGGUAUUCUACCGAAAGGAGUAACUGGGAAAGAUGUUAUUAUCGCACUUUGCGGGCUAUUUAAUGGAGAUGAAGUAUUAAAUCACGCUCUUGAAUUUACCGGAUCUGAACAGACCAUGAGAAGCCUCCCAGUGGAUGAUAGGCUUACCAUUGCGAAUAUGACUACCGAGUGGGGCGCCCUCACUGGACUAUUCCCUAUUGAUUCCACCUUGCAGGCCUGGCUACGAGCAAAGGCCACAGCGGCAGCGCUUUACGAUAGAAAAGACUCCAAUUUUACUCAUUCAAAGAUAGAAAAUAUAAAAAACACGCAGCUAGUGGCCGACAAAGGAGCUACAUAUGCGAAAUCCCUCUUCCUAAAUCUUUCUACUUUAUCACCGUUUGUAUCAGGGCCAAACUCAGUAAAAAUUGCAAAUUGUCUACGAGACUUAGACGCCCAAGACAUUAAGAUUGAUAAGGCAUACUUAGUCUCUUGUACAAACUCUCGCGCCUCUGAUAUAGCAGCAGCAGCUAAGGUUUUCAGAGAUGCGAAAGAUAACGGGACACCAGCUAAAAUAUCUCCAGAUGUUGAGUUUUAUAUCGCAGCAGCAUCAGUACCCGAGAAAGAAGCAGCAGAGGAAGCAGGCGAUUGGCAGAUUCUACUUGAUGCAGGCGCGAAGCCACUACCAGCUGGAUGCGGGCCUUGUAUUGGUCUCGGUGCAGGGCUCUUGAAAUCUGGAGAAGUUGGAAUCAGUGCGAGCAACCGGAAUUUUAAAGGCAGAAUGGGUUCUCCAGACGCAAAGGCAUACCUUGCUAGCCCUGAAGUUGUCGCUGCUAGUGCAAUGAGAGGCAAAAUAUGCGGACCCGGAUGGUACGAAAUGCCUCCAGGGGUUAAGAAAGUUAUUCUCGGAGAAGGAAAUGGAAAUUUUAUUGAGGAUAAAGCAAUCAGUGUUCAGGAAGCGCUAGAUAAACUAGUGACUGAAGUUGACUCACUUAUAUUUCACGCGGAAAAGGACCUUGAUAAAAUUAAAAAUGAGCAAACCAUCGAGCCGAAACCACUGACAAAAAUCUUGCCCGGGUUUCCUGAAAGACUCGAGGGUGAAAUCAUCUUCUGUGACGCAGAUAACGUCAAUACGGACGGUAUUUAUCCCGGGAAGUAUACUUAUCAAGACAAUAUUCCCGAGGAAAAGAUGGCCGAAGUGUGCAUGGAAAAUUAUGACCCGACAUUUAGCUCUAUUGUCCGUUCUGGAGACAUUCUAGUCUCUGGUUUCAAUUUUGGCUGUGGUAGUUCCAGGGAGCAAGCUGCCACGGCUAUUCUAGCCAAGAAAAUUCCUCUCGUCGUAUGCGGAAGUUUUGCCAGUAUCUUUGCAAGAAACAGUAUCAACAAUGCCCUCAUGGGUGCUGAAUUCCCUCAAUUAAUUCAUCGUCUACGACAGUAUUAUUCUGGGGUGAAAGCCUCAAGCGGUGCAGCAGGCUCGCUACAAUCAAGCCCGACGCAUGAAAAUUCUGGCAAGAAAAUCCUGACCCGUAGGACAGGAUGGAUGUUAAAUUGGGAUUUGCAGCGCAGUACUAUCACAGUUACCGAGCCAGACGGGAAGUUGUGGAACCAAAAUGUUGGUGAAAUGCCACCGAAUGUGCAGGAGAUUAUAGCCCGUGGUGGCCUUGAAAAGUGGGUCAAAAGUAAGUUGAACUAA